AUGCAGGGCAUGCCGGACGGUCGUGAAUCCAGCAAGACCAGCAGCAGAUCUGUGCAAUCCCCGCUGUCGCCUACAUCGUCCAGAACUGGACGCCCACGGGCGUCAGUGGCGGAGGUCGUGUCUGCUGCAGUGGUCGGGAGCAAGGAUGGCAAUUUCAGGGAGAGUCUCUCCACCGUGUUCACUGGCGACUCUGAUUAUGUCGGGCAGACCGAUGGAGGACUUGAUAGGGAGAUUCUUCGCAGACGGAUCGUGUUGGAGCUAAAGAUGCUCACCAUGUUGCCGCGAUUCUUCCUUUUCGCAGUUAGCUUCUUGCUCUUCAUCGCAGUCCAACAGGUGGAGUAUGAUCCCACAAGCUUCUCUGGCAUACGCUUGCGUCUUCGAGAUCAUUUCCAAGUGCAAGAUGUUUUCGGCAUCCGGCAGAUCCCAGAGCUUAUGGCCUACCUGGACUAUUACGUCAUCGCCAAUGAACAACUGAAUCCGCUGGAUAUCUACCACUGGUGCGCCGAUGAAGACACGAUUCAGCUCCCAGUCAACAGAAUCCGGUGCAACCGAGAUCGAGGACUAUUGCCAGACAAGCCCUUUCUCGAACAUUAUGCAGUGAGCUCUCAGCGCUUACAGGAUGCUCAAAGCAACGCUCUCUACUACAUGGUCCGCGACAUCCGAGAAGCUACAGUGGCACCUUUGAGAAGAAUGAAGGCAAUGAAGGCAGCUACAACAACUCGCGCAAAAAAGACAAACCGAACAUCACGUCUUCCGAGAAAGAGCCACAUGGCGGUGACGUUGAGGAGCCCAAAGAUGGCACAACGGGACGCAGCAUCAAAGACCGACCCUGUUGCCUGGGUGGCCAACACAUCUGGCGUGGUUGGUUUUGCUCUGAAUGGCGUGAUGUUGGUGGGUGCCCACCAUGAGAGAGGAAAGGCGAUGCCCACAGCUUGGCACUUUGACAAUUGCGGGGGGCACGUGGAUGCAACAGGACAUUACCACUAUCAUUUUCCAGCCUCCUGCUUUCUUGGUCAUCAAGGUCAUGUGACGCCCGGAAGAGCAGACUGGUGGGCACAAGAAGAUCCAAUGGCCUUUUGGCCAGCCCUUUCAAAGCCAUCACCAGUUCUGGGCCAUGCUUUGGACGGGAUUCCGAUUCGUGGUCCUUACGGAAGUGAUGGACGUCUUGUGAGUCCCAGCGAGUUGGAUGAAUGCAAUGGGCGCACCACGACCAACGAGCAAGGGGAGAAGGAAUACCACUACGUUUGGUCCGUCUCUGAUCCUUUCCUGCCACCCUGCUUUAAGCUGCAACCUGCGCCGCUGAAAGCGAACAAGACGAAUGGUGAUAUUUGCCAACAAAGUGGUGAGAACCUCCAGCACACGGCAUCUCCAAAAGGAGAGUAUUUUUGGGUGCUGCGUUCACAUGGUUGUCCAGACCACCCAUAUUUUGGCGAACCAGUGAAGGUGGGUGCUGUUGCUUCUGUGCUUGACAGAGCUGCAGCGAUUCGGAAAUUGGAAGUUUGCUCAGCUUCCUCAGGUGAGGGCAGUGUGGCGCAUGUGGGUGGUGUUCGCUCUUUGAGCGGCAGCAACAACAGCUGCAGCGUUGGCUGCAACACCGGAUGUUGUGCUGGUGCCGCAAGCUGUUCAACUGGCUGCAGCACUGGCUGUAGCACUGGCGGCUGCAGCGCUGGCUGCAACACUGGCUGCAGCACCGGCUGCAACACUGGAUGUUGCGCGAGCUGCUCUGCGAGCUGUUCAACUGGCUGCAACACCGGAAGUUGUGGAUGGGGCACCUGUGGCAGCGGGAGUUGUGGGACCUGUGGCACUUGCGGGGCUUGUGGCAGCUGCGGAGGCUGGACCUGUGUGGUGGACAUCUUCAAUCCAUGUGAUGCAGGAUUCGAUACUGGUCCAGUAGUAGCACCACCGAAGCAAUUCAUGCGCUACAAGCCUUUCUCCAUGACAGCAUCAUCGGUUGGAUUCCCUUUUAUUUGUCAAUCCAGACGUGUGGAGAAGGAUUGUGACUCGAACUUUGUCGAUGGGUACAACGCUCAGGAGCCCAACCCAGUAUAUAGAGAACCGAUGAACGCUCCCCGCAACAGCAGCAUUCUGCGAUGCCGUGGUGAGGAGUAUUCAACAGAACCUCAUCUCGGAUACGCCCCGCAAGUUCAAGAUGGAGUUCCGUACUACUGUGUUUUCGUCUCGGCUGACAUUUUGGUGAAAAUGAUGGAGUUUGAAUGGAUCGACGAUCUGACAAGCGAUGUUUUUGUGGCAAGCUUCAUUUACUUCCCGAAUGCGGAUGCCAUCUCUCUGAUGAGGAUGAACUUUUUGUUUGCAGAUACAGGGCGAAUCCUAUCUGAAACUGUCAUUGAUACCCACAGCGUGUUGCAGGAAUCAGAUCGUUGGACCACUUACUUGAUACUUCAGUGUGUCUUUUUGGCACUGAUGGGCUCAAGACUUUGUUUGGUCCUUGUGAGAUGUGUUCGGGUCAAAGAAAAACGCAAGAUGACCUACGACACGUUCCUUACAGCAGCGCUUACAGUAUUUGGUAUCAUCGACUUUCUCAUCCGCACAGUGAGUGAAGAUCAGACCAUGACAGGGCUUCUCUCUUUGGUGACCCAAAUUAUCUCUGUGGAGGAUCCAACCAGCAGAGAGACGGUAGAGAAGGUCAUCAAUGGCUCGUUUCAGACUCUGAGCAUGAUCAAUGCCACCGUGUCACAGCAGGAGAUGAUGAAGAUCUUUGCCUACGUCCUGGUGUUCAUGUGCCUUUUGAGACUCAUUCAAUAUAUGGAAGUGCAUCCACGCGUGGACUUGAUCGCUCGCACAGUCAAAGCUGCCUCUGGAGAUAUGUUCCACUUCUGCCUGAUUUUCCUGCUGAUAUUCACAGGAUUGGCCUGGCUGGCACAUUGGUCAUUCGGCCCAGACAAGAUCAUGUUCUCCUCUUUGCGCACUUCUGCCAACACAUGCUUCCAGAUGUUGAUCGGAGAGUACCCGUUCGAGGAUGAGUGGACGGAAGGUUGGAAGCAAAAGGUGUGGUAUGUUUUGUACACUUUCCUGCUCUUCCUGGUGUCCUUAAACAUUCUCCUCGCCAUCAUUGUGGAGAGUUUCUUGCGAGUGAAGCAGGAGACUGAUUCAAGACAAGAGGUGCGGAGUCUUUUCCCGGACCUUUUCUCCUUGUGUACUCGGCGCUUUUUGGCCUUUCAACACGGUUGGCCAUCUACCCUAGCAGUGAUGAAGCACCUGGAGGUUCAUCGGCUUGAUCGUGGACCUGUCUCUGUCAAAGAGCUCUUGCUGUCGAACCAAGUUCACUUUGACAAUAAGGAAGCAGCUCUGAAUUUCUUGAAGUUCUACCAUUGGUAUUUAGGUCCUUGCAUUUUGGAUGCUAAAGGCCGUGAAUACGAGGCGAGCCGUGACUUUGUGUUGAGCUACAUGUGCGACGCGCGUUGCUCAAACAUCAGCAACAAGGACUAUGCAGCUUUCAUCCACUGUGUUGUCCAUAUUCAGUCAGUGGCACGGAGAAGAAGAGCGUACAAGACGGCUAACCGUCUCAGAAAGCAAAAACAAAAGCAGGCAGAGAGAAGGCAGAAUGUGCUGAAGCUCAGAACAAACAUCAUGGAGCUCAGAGGUUCUGAAGACAACGUUGUGCGAGAAUUAGGUUCGUGGCUUGGAAUCAACACACAAGUCGUGGAUGCGUUGCUGCUGAUGAGGGCAGCUGGCCUGGGCAGCGGAGGCACUGUGGAUCCCGUCGACUCAGUGGGUACACAGAGCACCUCUCUUGGUGAAGACCCAGUUUCAAUCAGACCUCCUUCACUUGUACUGCGAUCUAUGGAAAGGCUGGAAGAGUUUGGUGAUAGCAAAACGGCUGAAGUCUAA